CAGAGGAUCUCUGUGAGCUGCCCACUUCUUUUUGGUAACAAGAAUGCUGCGGUACAUUGUGGCCCUCUGCCUCCUGGCUUUGUCCUGGGCACAGGACUGCCAGGUGGCCAACUUCCAGGUCGUGCAAAACUUUGACAGGACCAGGUAUGCAGGGACAUGGUAUGCUGUGGGAAAGAAGGACCCAGAGGGUUUGUUCUUAAUCGACAACAUCGUUGCCAGGUUUACCAUCUUAGAGGACGGCAAAAUGACCGCCACUGCUAAAGGCAGAGUCAUCAUCCUCAACAAUUGGGAAAUGUGUGCCGACAUGAUGGCCACCUUUGAGGAAACCCCUGACCCUGCCAAGUUCAGGAUGAAGUACUGGGGAGUUGCAUCUUACCUGCAGAGUGGAAAUGAUGACCACUGGGUUAUCGACACCGACUACGAUAACUACGCCAUCCACUACUCAUGCAGAGUAGUAGACACUGACGGCACCUGCUUAGACAGCUACUCCUUCAUAUUUUCCCGUCAUCCGACUGGCCUGAGGGCACAGGACCAGCCCAUCGUCACCCAGAAGAAGAUGGAGCUCUGCCUGCUGGGCAAAUACAGACGUGUUCCACACACUGGCUUCUGCCAGGACAGUGGAUCCGUCGACACGCAGUGACCCUGCUGCUCUUGGACCCACCCCCACCAGAGUUUCUCUUCUUAGUCUCCUCUACUGUCUCUGUGUAUCUCAACAGAGGAAGGAGACCAUUCUUCUUUAAAAAUAAACUACAAAUGACAAACUAGAAACUGUCAUGUUUACUUGACUACGUUGAAAAUGAAAAGGAAAGAUGACCGCUGAUGUUGGUCUUUCCCAAAUCCCCCCCUUAGUAAAAGAGAUUCUGGGACUUCUAACAUUUUUGUUUCAUCCUCAACAUCUGUCAUAUGUUUUUUUUUUUUUUUUUUUUUUGUAUAGAAACUUAAGUGUAGUGUGAAACAGCCCUUCCUCAGGGAAACCAGUGGAACUUGCUCUCUGGUUCCAGUCAGAAAACUAGACAUAUCAGAUCACUGAAGACACAAUUCUUUUCAGGCCAAAGUGACAAAUAAUCAGUUGUGAACAUUAAUUUUUAUUGAAGCUGAGCUCUCGGCAUUACUGCAGCUCUUGACUAUAACCAUCGUAUUUACUUUUACACUGAAGGAUGCACAGUGUCUUGUAGCACAAAAGUAGAUACUGUUACCUUAAUACAUACAUAUUAAGUCAUGUGCCAUAUAGGCAUAGUAGUUUGGUUGUUUCUUGAUUGUAUGAUGUAUACUUCUUGAUCCAGUUUUUAAAAUAAAACAUUCAUACCAUGUUGGCUCAUUCAAUUUUUGAUUAACUUGAAAUAUUCAUCUGUAUUCCUAGAUUGCAAAUAAUGGAUUAAUGUUGUUCCUCUCGGAUUCAGGCAGA